AUGCGGUUCCUCACCAUAUUCAAUGCCAUCAUUUGGCUAGGCUUCCUUUGGUUCUUCGUGUUCCACGUUAAUCCCGGCCAACACACUGGACGAAGCUGUUCUAUGCUGAAUGUGCCCGGCCCCACAUCGACUGAUCACAUCUCUGCCCACGUUUACCAAGCGCAAAGGCGCAUAACCAUCCCUAGCGAAAUCGUAGACCCGGCGAAGUCUGUCGUUUCGAAAGCAGAAGAGCAUAUCGCAACGGUCGUGGCCUCUGCAAAGCAAGCGGUCAGCACACCACUCGCCGACAUUUGGCAGAACAUCAGGUCCAAGUUCUUUGACGACCUGACUCGGUGGGAAGACAUGGUGCCUGUCUACUUCUGUCUUCAAACGCGGGGCGUGUGGCAGCUGGGCUACCCGAACUCGACCAGCAAAAUCGUCUCAUCUAAGGACUUUGACGUCUUAGAUGCUCUCCAAAUCACGGUACUCGACAGCCUGUUCAGCAUGGCACGCCAGAUUGUCCCCGGGCUGCCGGACGGCUUA